CGGGCGGCGCAGACCGGAGGGGGAUUGUCGGCGCGGGCGCUCCCGCCAUGAGCAGCAGCGCGGGCCCCGCGGCGCGGCUGUGCCGCCUCCAGCGGGGGCCGGACGGCUACGGCUUCCACCUGCACGGCGAGAAGGGCAAGCCGGGCCAGUUCAUCCGGCUGGUGGAGGCGGGGUCGCCGGCCGAGCGCUCGGGGCUGCGCGCCGGGGACCGGCUGGUGGAGGUGGACGGCGAGAACGUGGAGCGGGAGAGCCACCAGCAGGUGGUGGAACGGAUCCGCGCCGCCGACGGCGCCGUCAGCCUCCUCGUCGUCGAUCCGGUGGCCGAUGAGCAGCUGCAGAAGCGGAGCGAAGCCGGGAGCGAGACCCCGACAGCCCCGGAGCCCGCGGAGCCCCCGGCGCGGGAGCCCAGCGGCAGCGGCCAGCGGGAGGAGCUGCGGCCCCGGCUCUGCCACAUGAAGAAGGGCCCCAAUGGCUACGGCUUCAACUUGCACAGUGACAGGAGCCGCCCGGGGCAGUACGUACGCGCUGUCGACCCCGACUCGCCGGCCGAGGCCGCGGGACUGGCCGCUCAGGACCGCAUCAUCGAGGUGAACGGGGUGUGCAUGGAGGGCAAGCAGCAUGCCGACGUGGUGGCAGCCAUCAAGGCAGGCGGCGACGAGACCAAGCUGCUGGUGGUGGAUGUCCUCACAGACGAGUUCUUCAAGAAGUGCAAGGUGGUGCCCUCGGAGGAGCACCUGGCAGGUCCCUUGCCAGAACCAGUUGCCAAUGGUGAUGUAGGGAAGGAAAACGGUGCGGAGCCGCAGUCCGACUCGGUGGCCGAGAGCCCGGCCAGCCCUGGGCCACUGGCCACGUCCCCUGCCUCCAACGAGACCCACAGCGAGCCGGAGGCACAGGAGGAUGACAAGCGCCAUUCAGCAUCCGACCCUGUCCUGGACCUUGACAUCCCGCUGGCGGUGGCCAAGGAGCGGGCGCACCAGAAGCGCACCAGCAAGCGGGCGCCCCAGAUGGACUGGAGCAAGAAAAACGAACUGUUCAGCAACCUGUGAGGGUCCGUGGCCCCCGCCUCGCACCCACCUCUCCCGCAUCCUCCUCCUCCUCUUCCUCCUUGCCACAGGCUCCCGGAGGGGCUGCGGGGCUGCCCCGUCCACCCUGGCCCGAGGGACGGAGCUCAAUGGCCAGCGAGUAGCCCCGCUGCAGGGUCCUGGGCGGUGAGUUUAGGGUGCUGUGGGGUUGCCCCCUCCCCUGAGCCCGUCCCGCGGGGCUCCUCCAGCCCUGCCCACCCUCAUAGGCACAAACAGGAGUUGGGGGGGAGGGAUCAUCAUUUAGGGUGGGCUGAUGCCCACCACAUCUGAUCCCUGCUGUUCCCCGAUCCUUCCUCACCCCAAACCCCAUCUUCAUUUGAGCUCCCCACCAAAAAAAAAAAUGCCCUUUAACUGCAAAACACGAGGCUUUUAGUGACUUCAAACCCCCUGCCCGCCCACUGCGAUCCCUCCCGGGGUGUCUGGUCCCUGCCUGGCAAGCUCCGUCCACGCUGACCCCGUCCCUUCACCCCCCAGCAAGGAGGGUUGGGGCUCCUGGCGUUGCGGGGACCCCCGCCCCGGGGCUCUUCAGGGAGAGGGGAGUGUGCCUGGAGCCAGUGCAGCAAGCAAUAAUCAUCCCCUCUGCUCCCGCUCACUCCGGGACACAGAGCCGAUCAGGGUUUGAUCCAACACUGUCUAAUUUAAAGGCUUCUCAAUAGACUCUUUGUUUUCCAAAGUAAGAGUUUUCCAAUCACACUGGUUUUUUUUAAGCUGUAUUUUGUGGAACUCCUUCCUGUGGAUGUUUUGUCUGUGUGUCGCGAUCGGGUGUUGUUGAGAAAUUCUGUUUACUGGAAUAAAUCUUCCUGACUUCACG